AUGUGGAUGCUUCUUUCAGCUUCUUUGGUGGAGGAGGAAGAAAGGAUUGUGAAAGGCGAUGACGUGGUUGUUGAAUUGGAUGCAACGUCCAAGACUUGUACAUGGGAGGUUACUUCAAGUUACAAUGUCUUAGUUACAAUCUACAAAGUUGGUCAAGGUCUUGGACAAGUUCUCAAGAAGUUGAGAUCCCAUAUUUUAGAUGUGACCAAUGCAGUCUUUAUAAACUGUUCUAUUAAGCAGGCCAAAGAUGGUUUUAGGGAUGCAUAA